GCCACUACUCCGUAGAUGUGGCGCCAAUGGCAUUCACAUGUUCACUGAGGGUUCCCUCGCGCCCCAAUCCCCAGGUUGACUGUUGAGGACGUUUGUUCGCCAUUAAAGCUUCAACUUCUGGGAGACCUUGGCUCCCAUCAUAUGCUACUGCAGAGGCGUCAGUUCACUAUUCAGGCUUACAUCAUAGUUAUCAUCAAUUUUGCCACGAAAGAGGUUAAGCCAAUCAUAUGGUAAGAUGAGAAAGUCAAUAAUUGGAAGAUUGGAAGAGAAAAUUGCCGGAUAUUUUACUAUAUCUUGACAAAGUCCAACCCUCUAUGAGUAUACGUACCGUGAAAACGACCUUUGUUAUGCACCUAAGAGUUAUCGCCCGCUACAUCAUUCAAGCAUGGACCCCAGUGAUCAGAGCGUGAACGACCAGACAGCGGUCGCAGCUCCUCCUGUCAAUCGCGAAGACUUCCAGCGGCGGCCGUCUGCAUACCAGAUACGCCAGCUGAAGAGCGACCUGGGAAAGUACACCUGGGACGGGCCACCAUUCCACGCCAUAUACGCCGGCAUUGCUGUUAAUUACCACUUCGCCAAUAGGGGAGUCACACUCGCUGUCGCUGUUCGUGAUAGCUCAUACAUGCUAGACUACGCGCAGCAUGAUAUCUCCUCCGGCAACCUGCGUCCAGAUUGGCCCGCGAUCACGGAUCAUAUCAUCGUGACAGCGAGAGAAUAUCAACAAGACCAUGCCGAGAAGUUCAUCGGCUUGGCCAUGUCGGCUGACUUGGCUGAACGGUGUCCUGAUUUGUGUGCUCGCCUUUGGCUUGAGCUGGACAUCAUACCCAUUGUACUUCGGAAGGUGGAGGAGAAGAGUAGUUGGGGUUCAAACGAUGAGACAUUGCCAUUCAAAUCGCUGGACGAACAGGCUGAGUCGAUGGCAAGGAAAUUCUUUGGUCCCAGCCAAGCCCCGGUCCUAGAGAUUGGCAGCAAAGGCGUUGUUGAAGUUGACGCUGCGUUCCAUGUCAAGUUGACGAGACUCUUGGACUACGAGAAGACGGUGGGGCCGGCAACCUGGUCCGCAGUCAACAAGUUUGCCAAUGACCUCAAGAAACAGCGAGUGAAGAUAGCCUUCUUCAGUGCGACCCCGCAGGGUGGCGGUGUUGCCUUGAUGCGCCAUGCCCUUGUCCGGUUUGCAAAGGUACUCGGAGUGGAUUUGGAAUGGUAUGUCCCGAAACCCAGGCCUGGCGUCUUCCGCAUCACCAAGAACAACCACAAUAUACUCCAAGGUGUAGCCCCCCCGGGCACGCGUUUCACACCAGAAGAAAGGGAUAUUGUCCGCGAUUGGGUCCAUGAGAAUGCAGACCGCUUCUGGCUCAAGCGAGCCGGACCGCCAGCUCCUGAGUGGUUGGAAAAGUAUGCCCCGUCACUUCCUCACUUGCCAGUAUUCCCCUGGUUCCAGAAAAAUGGUCCCUUGGUUCAUCCUGUCGAGGGUGGCGCCGACGUAAUCAUCAUAGAUGACCCGCAGUUGCCAUUCUUGAUCCCUCUGAUAAAAAAGCAUACGCCGGACAGACCGGUUAUUUACCGAAGUCAUAUCCAGAUUAGAAGCGAUCUCGUCGCCACGCCGGGCACUCCACAGGCUGAGGCUUGGGAACUUUUGUGGGAGUCCAUCAAGCAAGCGGAUGUCUUCAUCAGCCACCCUGUGCGUGCGUUUGUGCCAAAGAACGUGCCUACAUCGACGGUUGGAUAUAUGCCUGCGUCAACUGACUGGUUAGAUGGAUUGAACAAACCUAUGAGUGACUGGAGUAUCUCCUACUAUGGGCGAAUCUUCAAUUCCCAAUGUCGAGAGCAGUAUAUGCCCACAAUUCAGUUCCCAGAAGAGGAAUACAUCGCCCACAUUGCGCGGUUUGACCCUUCCAAAGGAAUAUGUGACGUGCUCGUCUCAUACGAAAAGUUCCACAAGCUCCUCUGUCAUUCCCUUCCCGACAAGAGACCUCCCAAACUGCUCAUCUGCGGACACGGGUCAGUUGAUGACCCAGACGGCACCAUUGUCUACGACACCGCCCUUGAGUAUGUCGACCAGCAUCUCAAGCACCUCAAGCACUUCAUCUGCAUCAUGCGCAUCGGUCCCAGUGAUCAGAUGCUCAACGCACUACUGUCCAAGGCGAAAAUUGCCUUGCAGCUCUCAACCCGUGAGGGUUUUGAGGUCAAGGUGUCGGAGGCUCUGCAUAAGGGCAAACCCGUGAUUGCGACGCUGGCCGGUGGAAUCCCACUGCAGAUCCAGCACGGCAAGAACGGGUUCCUCGUGGAUGUGAGCGAUACAGAUGCUGUAGCUGAGCAUCUGUUCCAACUCUGGACUGACCAAAAGCUCUACGAUCGUAUGAGCGAGUAUGCGUCCACGAACGUCAGCGACGAAGUGAGCACAGUAGGUAACUUGCUCUCGUGGCUGUACCUGGCGUCUGAAUUGUCCAAAGGAAGAAUUAUUCAGCCAAAUGAGCGCUGGAUCAACGAUAUGGCGCGAGAAGAGGCGAACGAGCCGUAUCAGCCGCUGGAGAGCAGGCUGAAACGGGCGCUACACACGAGCGCGGCGAAGUGA